UGGGUCUCUACAAGGUCACCCACGUGUGGGCGGUGGGAGCCGGCGCGUGUCACUUGGAAGGAUGCUGCGUUCGACGGCGGCGAUGGCGGUUGUGGCGUUGGUCCCCCCUGGCCUGCCAGGGCGACAGUUGGUGCGGGCGGCUCAAAGCUUAUCGUCCGGGUUGCGGCUUUCAGUGCGCGGGGUGGCAGGUCCAAGUAAAAAGGCUCACGGCCUGGUCAAACCCCGCUUCCCGCUGCUGAUCCCAGAGGUGGACGAAACGGCCCGGGUAGUCAAGGAGAAGACGAAGCCUUCGCCCCCGCUGCGAAGGUUCAUCGCCUGCCCGGAGCUAGCGCGGGCCGUGGUCUCCCGGCUGGAGAAGGGGCGAGGCCCUGAGCUGCAGAAACCCCUCGUGCUGGAAAGCGAGCCAGGUCCUGGAAUCUUGACCCGAACACUGCUCAAUGCUGGUGCCCGUGUGAUAGCUCUGGAGAGUAAUAACACCUUUAUUCCUAAUUUAGAGUCUCUAAAGAAGAAAGUAGAUGGCCAACUAGAAGUGUUGCAUUGUGAUUUCUUCAGAUUGGACCCUGUGAGUGCUGGAUUAAUGAGGCCACCUUUGAUGUAUUCUGAGAGGCUUUUUGAGAACUUGGGCAUCUUGCCUGUUCCUUGGACAGCAGAUAUUCCUCUAAAAGUGAUUGGAAUUGUUCCACAAAAAAGGGAAAGGAAUCUCCUUUGGAAGCUUAUCUAUGACUUAUAUGAACGCAGUUCUAUAUAUAAAUAUGGAAGAAUAGAACUGAACCUAUUUGUCAGUGAAAAGGAGUACAAGACUCUUGUUGCAAAACCUGGAGAAUCAAGAAUUUAUCAAGCACUAAGUGUAAUUUACCAAACAGCCUGUGAUAUUCAGCUUCUGCAUAUGGAGCCUUGGUCUUCAUUUUUAACUAAUUCAAGAAAUGGUGGACUUUCCAUCCCAAAAAGUGUGUUGCUGCAGAAUGACCACUUAUGCUUAGUUCAGCUGACACCCCGGAAGGAUUUAUUUACAGAGAGCUUGACAACCAUGAAUUCAAGCAUAUUUAUUGUGAUGGUAAAACAAUGUCUUGCUAAAUGCAAGACUAAACUUAUAGAUAAACUAAAUUUAUGGAGUUCCGAGAGCGGGAAGAAACUGUUGAGACAGUUAGAGAUACCAGAAAACAUUACAACGGGUAGUUUAUAUCCAGAACAGUACAAAGCGCUUUUUGAGAUUAUGACACAAUCUAAUGAAUUUGACCAAAGCUGGCUGUAUGAGAACGAUUCCUUAGACGAUAUCAGCAUAAAUAUUUAAAAUGAAGCCUGUUUACGUUGGAACAGUUUCUUUGUGACUUGGAAUGUAAUACAAAGGAUAAAGUGGCCUGAAAUCUCUUUAUUGUUGAAGAUAAUUUCUAUCCAAAUUAUGAUGAUGACAGCUCUUGGAAAUCCAACAUUUUAUAGAUGCAAGCAAAAGCAAGAUGAUGGUUCCUGCAUGGAACAUUUUGAAGUUUCUGUAUCUUCUAAGAUGGAAAGGCACAAUUUUGUCUUCCCCCUAAACGCUGUAGUGAGUGAACUCCUGUUUUUAACUGUUGGAUUGUACCUGAGCUGCAUUGGGAAAACAUGUCAAAUAUGUCAUGCUUUGCGGAUCGUUUCAAAAAUAACUGCAGCAAUGCUAAAAAUGGGUGUGCAAGAACCAUUUUUUAGAAAAAUAGGUACUCUAAAUCAAUUUUUCCCAAAGCAACAAUGAACAAAAGAAACAGGAGGCAAAAACAGCGAGGAAAAGUGCAUUUCUGGUUUAAAGAUUUGUUUUCAGAUCCUUGAGUAAUCUGCUCAAAACAUAGUAAGAUGUCUGCACACAAAUAUGUAUAUAGUGUAACUUUAUAUAUAAUAUAAAGUGAAUAUACCUCAAUUAUCCUGUUUUUUGAUCAGGACUCUAACUGCAAUGUAAAUGUAUGAGUUUUGUCUCAUCACAAAACUCUUCCUAAUGUAUAAAAAUGUAAAUAUUUGUAUUAAAAAUGCAAUAAAAAUAUUUCUAUCUA